AUGGAGAGCCCACACGAGCACCAGCAGAACCUUCUGCUUUCCCGCAUCAUCACCAAUGUGGAGAAACUCAACGAGGCCGUCAUGGUCAUGAACAAGUCCUUGCAGGAAAUCAACAUCCAAAACAUGAACGUCGAGCUUGUCGCUCAAAUGUUCAAGAACUACCAGUCCAACGUCCUCUUCCAUCUUGAGGCAACGGACAACUUGAAGCCACCUUCAUAG